AUGCUGCUGCUGUUGCUUGCUGCAGCAAAUGCUGCCGCCACACUUCAGGCUGUGGCCCCAGACAUUCGCCGCAGUACAUGCAGUAGCUGUGCUCCGGACUUGGGGGUGCUGCAACAGCAGCAGCAGCAGCAGCAGCAGCAGCAACAGCAGCAACAGCAGCAGCAACAGCAGCAGCAACAGCAGCGACAACAGCAGCAGAGGCAAAUAACGGCUUGCUGCUUCACGAAAAAGCCGCAACUGCUGCAGCGGCUGCACACGAAGACAUUUGCUGCAGCGGCCGUAGCUGCUGCGGGCAGUGCACUGCUCCAGCAAGUGUUUGCCCAUAGCCGACGCCUGCAGCAGCAGCAGCAGCAGCAGCAGCAGCAGCAGCAGCAGCAGCAACAGCAGCAACAGUAG